AAACCGGGGAAUUCGUUUUUCGACGCAUUUAGCAUACAUAAACACCGACGUUCCAUUGUAGCACAGUCCCUUUUUUAAUCUUAAUUAAUGUUUAAUUUCUGUUGGUCUCUUACCAACUUUUGCGUUGAAAUAUUCAAACCGGAAGCAGGAAGAGUUCCGGCUUCACACAGCUAUGGAUGCCAUUGACAGUGACAUGCAGGGAACAGAGGGGGCAUUAGGAGGUCCUGAUGUACGAAGGCGGAUACCCAUCAAGCUUCUGCCUAAACAGGCUAGAAAAAGCUUUGCCUACAAGCAGGAGGAGAGGUUCGACUGUGGGGUAAAGUCUGGAGAUGCUUAUGCUAGCCAGCGGCGAUACCCCCAGCCAUUGUUUUGGGAUUAUAAGCUUAAUCUAAUUGGGGAAAAAGAUGAAACUCCUAUUCAUUGUUGUGACAAGUGUCAUCUACCUAUUAAGACUUAUGGGCGCAUGAUUCCUUGUAAACAUGUAUUCUGCUAUGAUUGUGCACUUCUUCAUGAAAGGAAAGGUGAUAAAAUGUGUCCAGGUCUGACAUUGUACAGCUGUACAGACCCAGUUCAGCGCAUUGAGCAGUGUCAGCGUGGUUCUCUCUUCAUGUGCAGCAUUGUUCAGGGUUGUAAACGCACUUAUCUCUCACAGAGAGAUUUGCAGGCUCACAUCAACCAUCGCCACAUGAGGGCAAGUAAGAAUUCAUCAGGUCGCUCUGACCCUCACCACCCUCCCUGCUCUGACGUCUCGGAGCGUUUCCGUGUGCCCCCUCACAUGCCUAAACCCCAUGUGCUCAUUCCACCUCCUCUGCAACAUACCAGUCAUGACCCCUACAUUCAGCCACCUCCCUCCUCUCACGAUGACAUGCGGGCCCCUCCUGGCCAGGCCCCCUCAUCUGACAUGGGGCCUCCUCGCUCUCUUGCUCAAGAGACGUUCCGCAUUACAACGGUGACCACGCGGAAGCACAGCAACCUCAUCACUGUCCCAAUUCAGGACGAUUCAGCAAGCUCUGCCUCCCGUGAGCCUGUGAACACCCUGUCACAUCACCACCCAGGUGAAUAUCCAGGGCAACCUGUGGUUUCCCACCCUCACCACAUGAUGGCUCCACCUCAGCAGCGCUACGGCCCUCCACCUCCUCCACCGUCACUCACUCAUCCAAUGCAACAUCCCUCACAGGUCUUUAGCCAAGCCCCUCCUCCACCUUUAUCCUCAGUUCCUCCUCCUAUCACUCCUCCUCCUGGACACCUCAUGAGUCAGAUGCCACCAUACAUGAACCAUCCUCCACCUGGUCCUCCUCCUCAACAUGCGGGUCCUGUAAAUGCCCCACCACCCCAUCAUUACAAUCCUCAGUUCUCUGAGGAUAAAGGUACCCUCAGCCCACCAUUCAACCAACCAGGUGGACUUAGUCCUGGCAUGUGGCCCGCUCCCAGAGGACCUCCCCCACCCAGAAUGCAAGGUCCACCUCCGCAGGGACAGAUGCCUGGACCUCAUCACCCAGACCAGGGUCGAUACAGACCCUAUUACCAGUAAAAUGAUUUUGUUGGUAGCUUUGAACAUUGAUCUAAUAAGUGAGUCUGUGGUAGGGGUUUGGAGGUCUGUUGAGUCACAGUAAAUAAUAGGACUGCAUAUGUUUUGCAUUGUUCAUUUCUGAUAUUAGAAUAUAUACCUUUAAUUCUGGCCAAUAUUUUGGAUUAAAAAAUGUAUUUGGCAAAGUUUUUAAAAAGUUUGUCAAAUGUGCUUCAUGAAUGUAUUACAUAUUAAAUACUAGAUAAGGAUUGCUUUUUUUGGUUUUCAACUUUUCUGUUUUUGAGGUUUUGAGCUGCCAUAUAGUAUGACAACCAUAUGUUAACUGCCAAGUUCAUACCAGCAAUCAAUGGGUUCUCUAGUUCUUUUCAAAGAGAAGCAAUGAUGAUACUGUAAGGACAGAAUUUUUGAAUAACAUUUAUUAAACUUCAUUGUGUAAAAAAAAAAAGAAAGAAAAAAGAAAAUUGUGUGUUUGGGUUUGAUUUGGUUGACCUCUCAUCUAGUCAUGCUGAUUUUAUUGAAAAAUUAUGUUUUC